AUGCCGAAACCAAAGAAGCAGAAUCAGCAACAGCAGCAGCCACCACUGCCCGAGCAGGAAGAGACUGGAGAUGAGGAGGAUGAGAGUCCCAUCGGACCACCCAGCCUUCUGGGCCCUCCCCACAAGGCCAGUGGAAAGCCUGAUGACCCCAAAUCAGCUCUUCACAAAGGUCCUCCAGAAUCAAGGGGACUGAUGAUUCCACCACUGAUGAGUCUCCCACCUCCUCCCUGGAGCAGAGGCCCAAUCUGGGGAGGCCUCGGACCCAGGUCUGGCCCAUAUGGUCAUGGUUGGUGGGGGUUCAGUGCUGAACCCCCUUUUCUGGGGCCGGUCCAUGGGGGUCCCUCCAGAGAAAGCUUCCACAAAGAGCAGAGAAACUCUCGAAGGCUCAAAAGCUGGUCUCUUAUCAAGAAUACCUGCCCGCCUAAGGAUGGCCCCCAGGUUAUGGAAGACAAAUCUGACCGCCCCGUCUGUCGAUACUUUUCCAAAAAAGGCCACUGUAGAUAUGAAGACCUYUGUGCCUUCUACCACCCAGGCGUCAAUGGACCUCCUCUGUGA